UACUAUUGCAGUCAUUAAAGUUCUGUGCUGUUGCUGUAAUAAAUACUGAAUAACCAUGUACAGGAUGGAAAUCGAGAUGAGCUUCAACCAGAAAAUCAAAGAAGUGGAAGAUCGUUUCUCAGGUGAUCAGGACUCUGCCGAAGAGCGUUUUCAGGCUGACGUUCUGAAACUGGAGCAGCACUACCAAAGUGAGCUGAAGGCUCUUUCUGAAAGCCACGUGACACAGAAGCUCCAAUGGGAAGCAGAGAUGCAUAAAGCUCUAGAGAACAUUGAGGAACAAAUAAAAAUGAUGGAGGAGGCCAUGGAGCAGGAAAGAGAGAGGCUAAAUGAGGAGUGGACGAAAGAACGACAGGAGAUAGAAAGUGUUCACAGCGAAGAAAUGGAAGCACUGAUGGUGGAGAACAAGCAGCUGCAAAAUGAGCUGGAUGAGUUAAUGAGUAAAGCCCAGACUAAAGAAAUAGAGCUGAGCAGGCAGCUGAAUGACCUCCACAACAGGCUGCAGGAAAGCCUGGACACCAAACAUGAGCUGGUUGUUCAGAUUGAGAACAAAGCACACGAGACUGAGCUCCUGCUGGCUCAAACAGUGGAGGAUUUCAAACAGGAGAGGGCAGAACUUCUGAGAAACAACUCAGAGCUUGAGGCAAAAUGCAACGAGAUGCUUUCCAUGUCCGAGAGGCAGAUCAUGGAGAGGAUCGAACUGUUAACUGAGCGAGAUGAUUUAAAGAUGAAGAUAGAAGAGCUGGAGAACCUUCUCAAACAGGCAGCCGUGGAUUUUGAGCUUGAACGGAAGGAGCUGCAGGAAAAUGUGUCCGUUCUGGAGGAGAAGUUAAAAGAUAAUCUCAAGAACGAGGGAGAAAAGCUUCAAGCAGAGACAGAUGGACUUAAAACUAGAAUUAAAGAGCUGGAGAUGGAGCUGAACCAGGCAGCAGAGGACUUUGAGUUUGAACGGAAGGAACUACAGGAAAAUGUGGCUUUUCUUGAAGAAAAAUGUAAAGAUAAUACAGAAGAUGAUAGAGAAGAACUUCGAGCAGAAAACGAUGGACUUAAAAAUAGAAUAAAAGAACUGGAGAUGGAACUCCAAGAGGUUUUGGCUGCUGCAGAAAAAGACGAGAAAGAAGAAAUGAAGGAGUCGAAUGAGAUUGAGAUACUAAACGUCUCUACUCUCCUCGAUCAAGGAGGUGAUGCCGAGACAAAUGUGGAAGCAGGCGAAGAUACAGAAAAUGUGAAAAAUGUUGAUCAACAAGAUGAUUAA